ACUCGGAUUUCAAAUAAAGCGCAGCAAGUCCGUGGAGUUUGUACAGAGAUUUAUUCGGCCCGGACAACGCCAUGAAGUGGUGUUGCCCACUCCUGCUGUUCAUUUCAUGUCUCCUUCGGGGCGGACGGACAGUGAACAGGCUGCAUCAUUUGGCUGCUGUGGAAAUCCAAUGGACUUAUUCCAGAGAUUGGGGAGAAAGGCGUGUUUUCAGUUCUGCUGAAACGGACACAUAUUACAAGAUUGUUUACAAGGAGUACCGUGACGCUGACUUUAACAGAGAAAAGCCUGGCCCGGACUGGAGAGGGUUGCUGGGUCCCAUUCUACGAGCAGAAGUAGGAGACACUUUACAGAUCCAUUUCAAGAAUAAGGCAUCUUAUCCUUUCAACAUUCGACCGCAGGGAAUAAUGAGCGGACAAUCAGCUACCGAGUUCUUCUAUAAAAACAAAUUAUACUUUGAAGACAAAAAGGAACCCAUCAUACCAAACCAAGAGCAUACGUAUUUCUGGAAUAUCACAGAAGAAAUGGGACCAACCAUAUCUGAUCCUCAGUGCCUCACGUACACCUAUUCUUCUGAUAUUGAUGUAAUAAAAGAUUUCCAUACUGGAUUGAUUGGAGCUCUACUGAUCUGUAAACCUGGUAGUUUGAAAAAGAAUGGCAAGCAAAAUGAUUUUAGUGAAGAAUUUGUUUUAUUAUUUUCAAUAUUUGAUGAAAGUAAGAGCUGGUAUGAGUACAAAGAAAAGGCUCCAAUCAAAAUGUACUCCAUCAAUGGAUUUACAAAUGGCACUUUACCAGAACUUGGUGUAUGCACUCAUGAUGACAUUAGCUGGCAUUUAAUUGGAAUGAGCUUGGAUCCUGAAGUCUUCUCUAUUCAUUUCAAUGGCCAAGUCCUCUUGCACAAUAAUCACAGAGUAUCAUCUAUUGGCCUGACACCAGGCUCAUCUGUCACAGCUGAGAUGUCUCCCAUUCAAGAUGGAAAAUGGCUGCUCUCUUCUCAAGUACAACAUCAUCGCCUGGCUGGUCUGUAUGGGUAUCUCAACAUAAAAGAAUGCACAUCUAAGGAGUCACCAGGAAAUUACAGGUCAAGAAGACUGCGAAGAAAUUUUCGUGAAUAUUAUAUUGCAGCUGAAGAAGUUUUGUGGGAUUACGCUCCUGAUAUUCAAACCUACGUGGACAGUGAUUUUAAAACCAAAUAUUUGGAUUCGGGACCAAACCGUAUUGGCAAAAUAUAUAAAAAGGCAAUAUAUGUAGAAUACACAGAUGAAACUUUCUCCAAACGUAAAGAACCGAAUGAAGGACCAAUUUCUAUUUUACAAGGUGGAUUUGGGGCCCCUGUUAUAAGAACUGAAGUUGGCGAUAAAAUUAAGGUUUAUUUUAAGAAUAUGGCUAGUCGUCCCUACAGCAUUUACCCUCAUGGUAUAACAGUGGAUAAGAACAAUGAAGGUGCUAUCUACCCUGGGAAUUCCGCAAAUUCUACAAAACAAGUUGAUCCUAAACAAAUCCACAUUUACACUUGGAGGAUUUCUGAAGAUGUUGGACCAACUGCCUCUGACCCCAGGUGCCUAACAAGAAUAUAUCACAGUGCUGUUGACGUCACUCGGGACAUUGCUUCAGGGCUUUUUGGACCACUUCUAAUCUGCAAGGACCUGUCCCUGGAUGCCAGGAACUUGCAGAUAAGAGUAGAUGAAGAGCAACACAUCAUAUUUGCAGCACUUGAUGAGAACCAAAGCUGGUAUAUUGAUGAGAACAUUCAGUUAUACCUGGAUUCUUCCAACUUUGAUCCUACAGACCCUGAAUUUUACGAAUCAAACAUCAUGUACACGGUAAGUGGUCUUGUGUACGAAAGCAAAGAAUCAUUACCCUUCUGUGAGGGAGUUGUUACAUACUGGCAUGUUUCAAGUAUUGGUGCUCAAGACCACAUUCAAGCAGUUUACUUCCAUGGUCAUACCUUCAAGCACAGAAAAACAAAUGAAGAUGUGCUACAUCUCUUUCCUUCAAUGGGUGAAACUGUAACCAUGCAGAUGGACAAUUUGGGUGAAUGGCUCCUUGGAACUUUAAGUUCACGACCAGUGACCUAUGGUAUGAGGAUAAGAUUUAAAGUUUAUCGGUGUGAGGAUGAAGGCAUUGAAUACCCUUUAGUUUUCUUAAGGAUUCAAUCUGAAUCAGACAAAGUGCUUAUAGAGGUAAGUGAGGAAGCCAGUGAAGAGGAGCUUGAUGAUGAGUCACUUGCAAUUCUGCAAGAACUUGGAUUCCGAUCAUUCCACACACCGCCAGAAGCAGAAGAAGAAGAUAUAUUCCAGUAUAUUGAAGGUGAAACUGAUAAUUCAAGAGAGCUCAACACUAAAAUAUCUGAGGAGCAAGGUAGCCAAUUCCACUCAAGGGUUAGUGGAAGUCAGAAUAAAACGUACAGUGAAGCAAACAAAGAAAAGGUUGAUAACUUGGAGUACAAUAUGGCUCAAUAUGAGCUUGAGCAGCCUAAGGACUUAGGUGAAAGUACAUCGGAAGUGCCAUUAAACGAAGCAAUCAAUGAGAUGAGACAGAAAACUGAAACAGAAUCUGAUGCGCAUGUGAUGAAUUUCACAUCCUCAACUGUUCAUUUAAAGCAAAAUAGAACAGCUACGAUAGUGGGAGAUAUUAACGUGGAGAUUUUUGGAGAAGAUUAUGAGGCAAAAACUAACAGUAGUGUACUUCAAGAUUUUUUACUCCGCUCUGCUGUCAGAAAUACUACCUUGUUAUUUAACAUGAGCAGUCCAAAUACUGUGGUUAAUCCCUCUGUGAAGAAUAAGAGGAGUUUAGCUGAGAGUCCUACAGGAAUACUCAAGCAAAAUAAUUUUCAAUUAACUACAGAGAACAUCAGCUCCGUCAUUAUUGAUGGUGAAAGAGAAGAGAAGUCUGAUUUUGUCCCACAAGAAAAUAACACAGAACUAAAGAGUCAAAAUGAGGAAACUGAAACUCUGUUUGAAAUGAGGAACACCAAUAGUUUUAAUGAAACAAGCACAAUAUCAAAUAGUACAGGCAGAAAAACAAUGCUUUCAUCUCCUUCAUUAAAGCAGAAUGUGGCAACUUCACAAGCAACUAACUUUACACCUGGUUAUGAAAGAAAUCAAAUUAACACCAAUGCAAAUAAUGAAGGUAAAAGUACAUUGACAGUUGACGUAGAACAGGGUAAUUUACUCAAUCACUUGUCCCAUGAGGUUUUGGAACACGUCACCAAUACUUCAGAACAACCAGGAAUGGAAAACAGUAGAAUCUCUGAAAAAGUAUUUAUUUACUUAAAGAAGUAUUCAACAGGCAAGCACAGGGUUAGAUUUCAGGGAACACCUCUGAAACCCAAAGGAUCGCAUUUGAUGUACCAAGUGGAAGAAAAAGGCUUUAGUGUUACAGAGUUAAAGCAUUUGAAAAAAUAUGUAAAGCUGGCAAUACAUGAUAAUUCUACAAGAAAAUUCCAAACCAAAGAAAAUGUUAGAAGACAGACUGCAAUUAAAACAAUGCUGAAACGCAGAAAAUUGCUGAAGGAUCAAAUGUCUCCAAGAGGGUUCAAACCUGGUCUUAAAAAAAGAAUUCAUGUUCCUUUAGGCAAAAAACGUAUGUCACCAAGAGGAUUUCACGUUAAACCUAAUUCAAUAAUUUAUCAAGAUGACAGUUCAAAUAGCAUUAUAAUAGGCAUUCCAAAACGUAAAAAUGGGGCCACUCUCGAUUACGAUGAAUAUAUUGCAAAUGCGGAUGCAGACCUUCUUGGAGCUGCUAGAAAAAAUCCUGAAGCUGCGACAGAUUUAGAUUCUAUGAACCCUUAUACUAAUGACAGACGAACUCAUUCAGACAUGUCCCGAGAUCCAGAAAUAAUCGUUGAGCAUUACUUACGGAGCUACAGAGGAAAUGUGAGGCAUUACUUCAUUGCAGCUGAAGAAAUUUUGUGGGAUUAUACUGGAAAUACUAUACAUUCAGCAGAGCAAACAAAUACACUGUAUAAAAAAGUCAUUUUCCGGAGAUACACAGAUGCGUUAUUUAGGGAACGCUAUGAUCACGGAGAAAGAUACGACCACUUGGGAAUACUUGGACCUGUCAUCAGAGCAGAAGUUAAUGAUGUCAUCAAGGUUCUCUUCAAAAACUUGGCUUCAAGACCAUACUCCAUUCAUGCCCAUGGAGUGUCAUAUGAAAAGUCAUCUGAAGGAGUGAAAUAUGAAGAUUACUCUACUGACUGGUUUAGAUCAGAUGAUGCUGUUCCCCCAAACAGCACGUACACUUAUGUAUGGAAUGUGCCGCCUCGAUCAGCACCAACUUCAUACGAUUCAGUCUGCAAGGCCUGGGUCUAUUAUUCCAGUGUGGACUAUGUGAAGGAUAUUAACUCUGGGUUGAUUGGGCCUCUGUUGAUCUGUAAGAAAGGAACACUGAACACCUUUAAUGAAAUUCCCAACGACGCUCGCGAAUUUGUUUUGCUCUUCAACACUUUUGAUGAAACUAAAAGUUGGUACCUGAAUGAGAACGAGAACCGACUUUGUAAAGAAUCCUGUGAGAUAAGCAAGAGCAAUUCCAAUUUUAAACAGCACAGUACAUUUCACGCUAUAAAUGGAUUUGUCAAUGCAUCAUUAAGGGGUCUCGUGAUAUAUGAAAAAGAGCAGGUGCGAUGGUAUUUGAUUAAUAUGGGAGGCUCAGAUGAUGCGCAUACCGUACGUUUCCACAGCCAGACUUUCAUUGAAAGGAGGGAAAGUGAACAUCGUCUGGGCAUUUACAACUUGUAUCCGGGUGCCUUUAGAACCAUUGAAAUGCAGAUAUCAAAACCUGGCACAUGGCUUUUAGACUGUGAAAAUGGAAUGCAUUACAAAGGAGGAAUGCGGGCACAUUUGCUUGUUCUAUCUAAAGCUUGCGAUUAUCCCUUGGGUAUGCAAUCUGGAAGUAUAACUGAUCCUCAAAUCACUGCAUCAGGCAAUGUGGAUGACUGGAAGCCAAGUCUAGCACGAUUACACAACAGCAACAUGAUCAAUGCCUGGAGUGCUGAAAAGUACAUCAACGAGAAGCUUUGGAUUCAAGUCGACCUGGAAAGGCCAAUGGUGAUCACUGAGCUUGCCACCCAAGGAGCCAGCACAAUGUUUGUGCAAAAUUUUAUUCAAACCUUUUUCAUUGAAUACAGUGUGGACGGGGAAAAUUGGAAGUAUUACAAUGGAAACAGCAGAAGCUAUAAACAAGUGUUUCAAGGAAACUGUAAUGCUACAGAUGUAAAGUUUAACAGGUUCAACCCUCCUAUUGUUGCAAGGUAUCUAAAAUUAAAUCCGGUAUCCUUCAAAGUCAGACCUACUCUUCGCAUGGAAUUAUAUGGCUGUGAAAUAGACUUCUGUUCACAACCUCUGGGAAUGAAGAGUGGAAUUAUUGAAGAUUCCCAGAUAACUGCUUCAUCCUACUGGAGUUCGUGGUGGGGUUCUUGGAACCCCUCACUUGCACGUCUGGAUCUGGAAGGCAGAAUCAAUGCAUGGAGGUCAAGUAAACAAAAUGCAGACCAAUGGCUCCAGGUUAACUUCCUGAAGAAAAAGAGGAUAAGUAGCAUCAUUACGCAAGGGGUCAGAUCCGUAACCACCGCAAUGUUUGUACAGACCUAUGCGGUGCAUUUUAGCAAUGAUGGAGAAAUAUGGCUACCAUAUACAGAUCAUCAGGAUGGGGGUGAGAAGAUAUUCACAGCAAACACAGAUUACUACCAUCAUAAAAAAAGCUACAUCAAUCCACCUAUUUUUGCCAAAUAUAUCCGGAUUAUUCCAAAAACCUGGUACAAUGAUAUUGCACUUCGAGUUGAAUUCUUUGGAUGUGCUUUGGAAUGAAGAUAUUUUUAGGGCAUUUGUAGGAGAAAGUACAACCUUUUGUAAAAAUACUUGUUGUAUUAAAAUUAUGCCUUUUUAUGAGAGACAAAACAUUCACUGAUAUUGAGAAAAUGCUGAUGUUAAAACAAGUAAAUUUUAAAUAACAGAUUGUUUUUUAGUUAAAAAUAAUUUAUAAAUCGUCAACAUAUAACCCAAAAUAUCGGAUUGGUUAGUUAGCUCUACAUCAUAGUCUGUUGGUCUUGCCAGAGGUUUUUUUUAAAUAAAGUUAUAUAACAUUUGCAGUA